UUCAACUCAUUAAAUUCAACCAUCAUCCUAGCAAACAAUAAUAAAAUACAAGUGCCACCAAACAAAUCCAGGUCAAAUUUACAAUGGAAAAAUCUUUUAAGGUAGCGGUGAUCGGAGCAGGCGUCGCCGGGCUUGCUGCCGCCCGCGAGCUUAAAAGAGAAGGCCACCAGGUUGUUGUCUACGAAAAAUCAGACAAGCUUGGUGGAACAUGGGUUUACGAUCCCAGAAUCGAGUCCGAUCCACUCGGCCUUGAUCCCAACAGAGAAGUUGUUCAUGGAAGUCUUUACUCUUCACUCCGCACUAAUUUGCCCAGACAACUUAUGAAUUUUUCAGAUUAUCCGUUUGAAAUUAAGAAAAAUGGGGAACUGAGGACUUUUCCCGGGCAUGAAGAGGUGCUCGAGUUUUUGAACGAGUUUGCUAGGGAAUUUGGACUCGUUGAAUUGAUCCGAUUCAAUACAGAAGUUGUCCGAGUUCAUCGAGUCAAUAGUCAGUGGAUAGUUGAGUCUGAGUUAAGCCUGGAAGAGGCAUUUGAUGCUGUCAUAGUGUGUAAUGGCCAUCACACUCAACCAAGAAUCGCCGAUAUUCCAGGCAUCGAAAAAUGGCCUGGGAAACAAAUUCAUAGCCACAACUAUCGUGUUCCUGAACCGUUUCAGGAUCAGGUUGUGGUUGUGAUCGGAGAUGGACCUAGUGCACAUGAUAUAUCCGAAGAAAUCGCAAUGGCGGCCAAAGAGGUUCAUCUUUCAUCAAGAUCACCCGAAAUUAAAGUUACAAAGUUGGAUUAUUAUGACAAUAUUUGGCAGCACCCAAAGGUAAUUAAGUUUCUUCCCCUUAAAAUUUAAACUUGAGGGGCCAUUUGUGAGCAAGUGUAAAAUUUAGGGACCACCUAGUGUUUUAACUCGAUAAGAGAGCAAACUUACCAAGGUUUUAAAAUUUCAUGUCCAUUGUCCAAGACCUAUAAAAUAAAUAAA